UGUCCCCAUUACCGCCCGACACGACCAAACACACAGAUACCUCUCCCACCAUGUCGCGCCCUCUCUCCCUCUUCAGCGUCCAGGCGAUUCUGGUGCUCGCAAUCGACGAUGGCUCCCGCAUCUUGACAAAGUACUACUCCAACCCGCACCCACCGACCGGUCAACAGAGCGACUACCCCGGCCAGAUUGCAUACAAGACGGUCAAGGACCAGAAGGCUUUUGAGAAGGGACUUCUUGAGAAGACAGCGAAGCAGACGACCGACAUUAUACUAUACGACCAGAAAGUCAUUGUGUUCAAGAUGGAGUCGGAUGUAAUGCUGUAUGUAGUGGGAAGCGCCGAUGAGAACGAGGUUCUGCUCUACAGCGUCGUCCUCGCCCUGAGAGACUCGCUCAACAUCCUCCUCAAGAACUCGGUUGACAAACGCACUGUUAUCGAAAACUACGACCUUGUGUCUCUCGCUAUCGAUGAAUUGGUAGACGACGGCAUCAUCCUCGAGACCGACCCCGUCAUUGUCGCCUCGCGCGUCAGCAAGCCUCCGGCGCAAGACAUGACAUCGAUGAAGAACAUUGACCUUUCAGAACAAGGUUUCUUGAAUGCAUGGGAGUUUGGCAAGAGGCAGCUUGCGGAGAGGAUACGGCAGGGUCUAUGAGCUUCUUUGGUUUGGGCAUGGCGUUGCUGGAGUUGAGGAUACAGUUGCCGCUUUGCGAAUGCUAUGAAUCGUGACGUGCUGCAUGAUAGAGUGGGUAGCGCAUUACGCCAGAAAAAAAAAGGCCUAAUCAAGACCGUAUUCUGCUU